AUGCAUGCGCGACAGGGCGUCAGCGACGACCAGAAGUUAGGGGUGAAGGGGAGGGUGAGGCAUAGGGCACGGGAUGGCAAGGGGGUUGUAAGAGUGCGCGCCAGCACUACCCGUUCACUCCGCAAAGGCAGCUUUCUCACACCCUCCCAGCGGCUUACCUCCAGUCGCCCUUUCCCAAACACUCUCAACGGUUCCCCAUCACUCCCUCACCUCAUCAGUCAUCUCCACCCCUGCAUUCUCCCUUUUCGCCCCGUCUCCGCACCUCUCCCCCUUCCCUCUCCUCCCCCUCUCCCCCCCAACCGCCUCGUCCCCUCCCCUCCACAGCGAUCUACAGGACGCGCGUCUUACGGGCGAUCUGCCCGCCGCCGUCUUCGACCUCACGGCGCUGAGCUUGCUGUCAGUCCCGCCGCCCGCGCCCUCCUCGUCCUCCCACCCCCUGGAACCCCUUUCUCCUCAUCGCCCCGCUGCUCCCACUCGCUCACGCCACUUGCACGUUGCCCAAUGGGUCCCAGAUACAAUCUGGCGCUGAACCCGAAGCUCACAGGCAGCCUGCCUGACACUCUUGGCAACCUCGCCCACCUCACGUUGCUCCACACGCCAACCCUUGUGUGCGCUGCUGUGAGUGUCAUGCGCACUGCCCUUGCGGUAAGCACUCGCGCGCAUCCCUCCCAUGCCCAUCAUCUGCCCUCCUUCGCCAUGCUCUCGCCUCCCCACUCCCUCCCCACUCCCUCCCCACUCCCUCCCCACUCCCUCCCCACUCCCUCCCCUCCCCACGCCCUCCCCACGGGAGCAGUAUAG